AUUGGUUCUCUCAGUAGUCGCCUGUCAAUGACGAACAUCAGAUGCGCCUGCUGUUAUACCACGAGAGUUGCAAGAAAGAUUGGGGGUUCAAUGUCACGGAGUUAACCUGGCGAACAGAAAGACAAUAGCCAUUUUUAGUUCACUAAUGUCGUUAGAUUUGGAUAUAUAUAUACAAUAUUCUUCAAUAAGGCAAUGACCUCUUGAAGUGGUCCCUCAAUCUCCCUCCCCCUUCUUCCUCUGUAGUUACAGGUCCACCAUGUCCAUCCAGAUGUGUAGAGUGGUGGAGCUGAUGUUGCGCCCUGCUUGCUGCCAGUCCAUCAGAAGUAGAUUAUGUUUGCACAAGGCAGUGUUGGCCCCUGUAGGUCAUCAUGGCCUCUGUGUCCCUGGGGUUUCUGCGCUUCAUAGAAGGGCCUACAGCCUGGACUCUCUCUCUUCAGGUCCUGGUCGGCCCACACUUGGUCCAAGCUCCCAACCGCCUCAGGCAGAGAGGUCAUCCUCCUCCUCAGCACUCGCACAGAGGAACCUGUCUGCUGUAGCUUUACAGGGCCAAUUUCUUCGUCCUCUGUGCCAGACUGACUUCCUGGACCUUGGUAAGGUAGAGGUGAAUACACGCCGUGUUCAGGACUGUAAAAAGAGCCGACACUACAUAGUGGACCCAGACCUGGCCAAACUGGUAACGCAGCAUCUACGACCAGAGGAUGCUAAAACGGUUAUCUUCGAAUGUAACCCAGGUCCUGGGGUGUUGACGAAGACACUGCUAAAUGCUGGCGCUCAGAGACUUGUGACUCUUGAAGGGGAUAAUGUCUUCCUACAUGAAUUAGAGGAGUUGGAAGGUCAUCUUGAUGGUCAGCUGGAAGUGGUUCACUGUGACUUCUUUAAACUAGACCCCAUCGGCUGUGGACAGGUCAAAGCCCCUGCCAUGUUCACUGACAAACUGUUCACUGACCUGGGAAUAUCAGAGACCAGCUGGACUGACGAAGUCCCAGUGAAGGUGGUGGGUAUCCUGCCCACGCGUACUUGCCGUGGCACGAUGCUGAAGAUGGUUUACGCUUUGUUUGAACAGCAGUCUUUCUACAGAUACGGAAGAAUAGAGCUCAACCUCUUCAUGAGCGAGCGUGAAUACAUGACACUCGUCUCACGUCCAGGUGAAAUGAAGAGCUACAGAUCCUUCAGUGUCCUCUGGCAGAUGGCUUGUGAUAUCGAACUACUGCACAAGGAGCCCAUGGAGUCAUUUGUGACGUCUUCAAAAAGGAGUACACUUAGCUCGAAGGCCAAGAUUCCCAAUGACAACAUGUGCCUGGUGCGCCUGCGUCCACGGGCUGAUCUGUUCUCUGCCGGCCUCACACCUUCUAAUGCUUCAACUCUGCUGUUGAUGGUCAAACAGUGUCUGGCAAAGAGGAAGCACAAGCUCAUCGACAGGCUCAAUCUCUGGUCUCCAGAUACUGGGAGUAAGCUGUUUUUGGAGAUGGGCUUGCCGGAGGACAUACUGACGGGCCAUGUAUAUCCAGAAGAGUAUCUUCGACUGUUCCAGCUCAUGGAAAAGAGUCAGGAGUUCACACAGAGCUGGCUUUAUGGAGAGUUUUUGGAGAACACACAGAGGGAGGGUUGGCGCUAAAAUAUAGACCUACAGGUCAAGUGUAUAGUUUUUAUAGAAAUUAAAUACAAAAGUAAACAAAAAAACGUAUAAUAUGAUGAUGUAAUAUAAAUAAGAAUAAUAUAAUGUGUGAUGUAAUAAAACUCAUGCAUACAUACAGAAACACAAAUAAACAGUAAUAAGUCAAAUGUUCAUGGAAUGACUUGACAUAUUUGUGUUACCUUACAUAAUACACUUAUGUAGGGAGUGACUGAGGUGGUGAAAAGGUGUGUGACUUACUGUACUUUAGGACAAUGGAGGAAUGAUUUCAAAUGAGCCUCUGUGUUGUCCUGAACUGGAGUUGAAAUUUAAUACAAAAAACAAAAGAAAUGGUUAUUUUAGCGCCCUUAAGGGAUUUGAUUGAAGUACAAGAUGUAAAAAUGGUUGCAGAAUAAAGGUCUUAAGUUAAGUCAUAUAAAAGAGAAAUCACUGUGAAGAAAACUGCAUCAUGUCCAAGGGGCAUGAAGAAGCCUCAUUGAUUAGCAUGUACUCAACUGACUGGUACAACUGCAGUUUUGCUGAUGCAGUAUACUGUGACAGCAGUGUCACAGCGCAGCCCUGCAUGUAUCUAGUUUUGAAUAAAUGUCCAAACCGAGAGUAGCAGUGGAGCAAGAACGAGGAUGUUUUUUUUACUGUAAAGCAUUAAGUCUUUGUAUAUUUUUGUAUAGCCAUUGUGUGUGUGCAUAAGCGUAUAGGAAACGUCAUGUCUUGUGGAUUGUUACAGCUGCGUGUGUAAUAUGAUUUUCAAAGAUAUCAUUAAAUCAGAAUUUGGAUAUG